UUUUGCCCUAGCUUAACGAAGUUGGUGAUCUGUUUUUCCAUUUUCUGUUCUUCGUUUUGCAAAGAGGUUCACGCGGAUUCACGAAGAAAAAUAAAUUGAGAAUUUCUCUUGAAGAAUGUUUUUCAAUUUAUAACUCGAAAGUUAAAGUUCAAGCGACUCGAUUUUCUCCUGACCACUGAAAUACAAUACCAUGUAAUACGAGGCAAUAGUGCAAUAUCAACAAUAACGCCCUCCCCCCUCCCUCGCUAUAACAUUAGCCUUCAUCGUGCUUCAUCGCUUUUUACUUUAGCCCACGUUGUCACGUUGCCACAUUUUCUUCGAAUAAGAUUGGGCGAAAUUUGAAACCGAAAGAAAAAGAAGUGGAAGAAGAAGGAGAAGUAGAAGACUAGAAGACGAAGACAAGAAAGCCGAUCGCCUUUGAUCAUUAAAAGAUCUCUACGUUGAACGCGUGGCCGGGCGGAAUUUCUUUUGUUUUGCGUAGAUAGAGAAAUUGAAUUCUAAAGAUGGCAGAAGCGGACAUACUAGUUUCUUGUCCCUACAAUCCUGCGCAUCGCAUUCGCAGAUACAAACUUAUGACACACAUGGUGAAAUGUAAAAAAUCUAGUAACAAUGUCCAAAAUAAAGUAGAGUGUCCAUUGGACAAGAGUCAUGUGGUGGAUCGUGACUAUCUUAAGGAGCACAUUAAAUUAUGUCCCAGUAAAGGAAAAUUAAUAGAAAUAGAUACUGGACUUGAUGUACCAAAAAUGGAAGCUGUGCCUCCUAUAAUGGGAAAUCCAUACAAUUCAACUGAAAACUGGGACGAAGAACCUGAAGUCCCAGCUUAUAAUCCGAUGGACGUUUCAGCCAAAAAGCCAGUGAUUCGUAUGCUAUCUGGAUUAACAAAAUCGGAGAGAAGGAAAUUUAAGGAGAGCGAACGAAUGCGUAUAGCAAAUCUCAAAGGAUAUCAUUCUGCGAGCGCAGCUUCAUCUUCUACGAGAGACACUUCUAUGAGAGAAACUCAUGAAAUACCAUUACGUCCUCCUCGUGAUAUUUUGCCCAUAACAAUCUUAUCCGAUAACUUAAAUAAUGUGCAAAUACAUGAUCAUGAUCGCGACGAUCGUGAUACAAAUAUGCAAGCUAGUUUUGUUCCUGAAUUGCACAAUAAUUCAUUUCACACUAAUAAUUCAUUUCAUUCAACUCUAUAUGAUGAAUUAGCUCCUGAAGACGACAACAUUAACCAAUCGGAACAUUCUUUACGUGUCACUGAAAUGGAUGCUCCGAAAAUUCCCUUAAGGGAGUAUUUCCAAAACACAGGUAAGGGAGAAGCGAAUUAUUCAAUGUCUGAUCAAAAUCAAAAGACAAAUGUUAAUAAAACUGAAAUAGAUGCAACCUCAGAACCAUUUAAUGUCGCUAAUACAAAGAAAGAAAAAAAUGAAAAUAUUGCAAACACUUCGAACGUGUCUGGUGAACGAGUUACCGAUAGACUUCUAGCUUUAUUGAAGAAUGAGUCAGGUAUUAAAGAGGUACAAUUUAUAAAGGAGACUGUAAAGGUUGAUCAAAUUAAUAAAGAUUCAGGUGAGAUGGGACAAACAUGGGAUGAGAUCUUUGAUACAUUCAAUAAACGAUUAACUUGUCUAACAAAUAUUCAGAAUGCAGCUGCCGAGGAGCGCGCACGCUUACUGGAACAAUUAAGAGAACUUAAAUUGCGUGAGGAGAUUGCUUCAAAAAAAUAAUUCUCACCAAUCAUCAUGUUGCAUUUUCGAGAACAUUAUUUCUUACUGCCAACAAUUGUGCUUUGACAAUUCUUAUGAUACUAAACAUUAAACAAUAAAAAAAAACGCUAUGGACGGUACUAAGUCGGUAUUUGUAGUCUGAUUUUACAUUCAAGAUCAUGUUUAGUAUGACGCUAUCAUUUCUUUAAGUGUGGAGGAAUCUUGCUCAUAAUCAGGCUUAAGACAAUUUUGAAUUUAAGAUCGGAUCAUGAAUACCUUGAGACAUUUUUGAACGUAAGAUCAAACUUAAUAUCUUAUAAUCGUUUAUUGAUAAAUAAAAUCUCAUGUAUGCGUUAUACGUACAGAAAGUAUAAAGAAAAAAAAGCUUAUAUUAAAAAACUAAUACGUAAAAUAGAAAGGCGAUAUAAAAACGUAUAUGAAUGUCUAAAUGUGUACAUCUGUAUCUAUACAAGAUGUGUUUAACAACGGAUAGGAGAAACUUUAAGAUGUUAUCUUAGAUGAUAAAUUAAGACAAUAAGAUGAAAAUCAAAAAUAAUUUUAGUGGAGGCUUUGUUUUUUAAAUUAUAGUGUUUGAUAGUCAUGUGCUUUAAGCACUUCAUGUGAAUAUUUAAAUUUUUGUAAUUUAAAAAACAGCACUCUAAAAUCAAUAUUCAUACUCUUCUUAAAAUCAGUUUCCGACUGAUUUUAAGACUAAUAUGACUAAUGCGACUGAGUAAUUGAUUUAUGAUAUUUUAAGUUUUACAAUAGUAAGUUAAAAACAUAAGUUAAAAUAUAACGUAAGAUUAUAUAAGUUAAAAUAAUUUCAAGUAUAAGAAUUAAUUUUAUCAUUAAAGAUCACUCCUUGAAUUUUCUCUUAUCUGUUACUGAAUAUGUAUAGCUAGAUGUGUCCUUAUAUACCUCAAGAAUGAGAGAAAGUUGUCAUCAGUUUGAUUAUAAUGUUACAAAUAUAUCUACGAAUACACAAAUACAAAACAUUAAAUAUAAAUACAUAUGAUUUUAUGUUUGAUUUUGAAUAAUUGUCAAUUUUUGUAAGCGGAUAUUCUGUUGAUAUUAAGCUCAAUAAAGAAAAUUCUAAUAAAUGAA